CAGCUUCAAAGUGUAACAGACAGCUUUACACAGACAGACAGAGAGACAGAGAGACAGAGACGCGGCUUUAGAGAGAAACAAAAAAAUCUGGACCUUGAGAGAAACAGACAAACGGAUCACUAUGGACAGGAAGAGUUGCUGUGUCAGGUUGUCUGUCCAACCGUCCAGAGUCCUCGUGGAUGAGAAGUUGUCCAUUCUGGUGCAGAACCUGUGUCCUGAUUCCAGGGUGACCCUUCACGCCCUGUACCAGUGUGAGGGUGGACACAACUGGGAGGCGUUCGCUCACUAUGUCUCCGAUGCCACCGGAUCCAUCAACGUUGUUGAGGAGCCCAGUCUGGGUGGAACAUAUUUGGGGGUUGAACCAAUGGGUUUACUGUGGAGCCUCAGACCAGUACCAGGCAGCCUACCUGAACUCAGGCUGAGGAAGAUGAAUGUCCAGACUCCCAUGGUGUUCAAGAUUUCUGUGUACCAGAGUCACCAGUCUGAGGGCUUCAUGGAUCAGACUCCACUGGCCAGUGUGGUGGUGGAGCGUUGGUACAUGGCGCCCGGCGUCCGGAGGAUACCAGUUACAGAGGAGAGACUCACUGCAACUCUCUUUCUUCCUCCAGGUCCUGGACCAUUUCCAGGUCUUCUCGACCUGUGGGGUGGUGCUGGACAGCUGAUGGAGUUGCGAGCGGCACUGCUGGCCUCUCACGGCUUUGCAUCAAUGGCACUUGACUACUUGACCUGUAAAAUAACGAAGGAAACAGGAAAGGCGGUGGACAACCAGUAUUUUGAGACAGCUUUGAAAGUCCUGCAGCGUCACCCGCAGGUCAUGGAGAGCAGAAUCGCCAUGUUGGGCCUGUCAUUUGGAGCCGCGAUGACUCUGAAAAUGGCCGUUUACUCUGAAGCGGUCAAGCUCCGGUGUGCAGUGGUCAUCAGUGGGAGUCACGUGCAGCCAGUUGAAGGAUCUGUGGCUGAACUCUAUGAUUAUUUUGCAAAAAACAGCAAGAACACAAGAACUGACAUGGAGAACAAAGUGAUCUUCCAUGAUCUGCUGCUCCCGAUCCCAUUGGACCCGAGCCUCAAAGUAGAUAUGGGACGGCUGCCGUGUCCUCUGUUAGUGGUUGUUGGUGAGGAUGACCAGAACUGGCCCAGUCUUGAAUCUGCUGAAGACAUGAUGGAGAUGGUGCAGCGAGCAGGGAAGCGCCACCUGCUGACCAUCCUGUCAUAUCCAAACGCCGGUCACUUGAUUGAGCCUCCGUACUCGCCACACUUCAGAUCCAGCGUCUUCAAAGCAGCAGGCACAUCAGGGAAAAUUGUGGUGCUGUGGGGUGGAGAGACGGUGACACACUGUCGUGCUCAGGAAGAUGCCUGGAGUAAGAUCCUGGUUUUCCUGUACUGGAACCUGUACAGCGACUCAGACACUAACCCUGUCACCUUUCCGUCACACCUGUAGUCUGCAGGGCAGCAUUAGUGAUUACUGAGCCUUUGAUCAAGUGAACUCAAAUCAUUCCACUUUGACAGUAUAUCAAAUACUAAAUAAUCAGAUCUGUAUUUUCAGGACUGUAGCUGGAACAGAACCCAGUUACAGAAUACAACACAAGUGUUUCCAUGGUAACAGUUCAGCCACAGAUACCUGAUGAACGAUACAAGGACACAAGUGAAGACCCCUGAGCAGAGAACACCACCGGUUUGCAGUGAAAGGUGAUUUUAUUCAACACACAGAUCAGAGUUCAGUUGACAGAAGCACGAAACAGUAAAACAGGAAAUCAGUCCAACAGCAACCAAAGUCCAUGAGGGGAAACAGCCAAAGAGUGAUAAACAGGUAAAAAGGGUCAAAGGAAAGGAGAUGAAAAAGAAGUGAGCGUGAACAUGAAACUGGAAGUCAGCGUGCACUUCAAACAGGAAAUAAAACCACUGGAAAGACACAAGGAGCAAUGCUUCAGAAUAAAAGCACAAGGAAAUAAUAUCCUGGUGGAGAAUUCACUCAGUGCUCAAGACCAUUUAUCAAUAUCUCAGAAUGUAGAAAACAAACAGCAGAGACAUGAACCAGUACACAAGACAUGUGACCACAGACAAGAACAACAGAAACAAUCUAAUACUUUAUUUAAUAAUUUAUAAAUUAAUGAAUCCAGAUGCAGCAAAGUUGCUAAAAUCUUUUCUUGAAUAAAUAGAGUGUAAUUCUGUGUGUUCAGGGACGUUCUGAUUGUAUUUUAUUGGUCCAAUGUGAGUUUCUGUUGAUUCUGUGUGAAAUACAGAUGAUUCUGACAAUUAUCUUUUGAAAUGAUAAACUAUUACAAUGAAAAUCAUUUUUUAAAUUAAUCUUGGCA